AGCGUACGGGACUCAAGCCACGGAGAGAGAAUAGGGGCAUUCCAGCUGAGACGCUUUGUGCAAGCUGUUUUUAAGUCUCUUGUCCACGCGAACAUCUUGACUUUUCUGCGGCACCAUGCGCGAAAUCGUGCAUCUGCAAGCCGGCCAGUGCGGUAACCAGAUCGGUGCAAAGUUCUGGGAGGUGAUCAGCGAUGAACACGGCAUCGACCCAACCGGCACAUACCAUGGAGACAGCGACCUCCAGCUAGACAGGAUAAGUGUUUAUUACAAUGAGGCCUCAGGUGGGAAGUAUGUUCCUCGUGCCAUCCUGGUGGAUCUGGAGCCUGGUACCAUGGACUCUGUCCGAUCGGGUCCCUUCGGUCAGAUCUUCAGGCCCGACAACUUCGUCUUUGGCCAGAGUGGUGCUGGAAACAACUGGGCCAAGGGCCACUACACUGAGGGAGCUGAGCUGGUUGACUCUGUCCUGGAUGUGGUGAGGAAAGAGGCCGAGAGCUGCGACUGCCUGCAGGGCUUCCAGCUCACCCACUCCCUGGGCGGUGGCACUGGCUCGGGCAUGGGCACCCUGCUCAUCAGCAAGAUCCGUGAGGAGUACCCCGACCGCAUCAUGAACACCUUCAGCGUGGUGCCCUCGCCAAAAGUGUCAGACACAGUGGUGGAGCCCUACAACGCCACACUAUCCGUCCAUCAGCUGGUGGAGAACACCGACGAGACCUACUGCAUCGACAACGAGGCCCUCUACGAUAUCUGCUUCCGCACUCUCAAGCUGACCACGCCCACAUAUGGCGACCUCAACCACCUCGUGUCGGCCACCAUGAGCGGCGUCACCACCUGCCUGCGCUUCCCUGGCCAGCUCAACGCUGACCUCCGCAAGCUCGCCGUCAACAUGGUGCCCUUCCCUCGCCUGCACUUCUUCAUGCCCGGCUUCGCCCCCCUCACCAGCCGAGGCAGCCAGCAGUACCGCUCUCUGUCAGUGCCUGAGCUGACCCAGCAGAUGUUCGAUGCCAAGAACAUGAUGGCUGCCUGCGACCCACGCCACGGGCGCUACCUCACAGUGGCCGCCGUCUUCCGCGGCCGCAUGUCCAUGAAGGAGGUGGACGAGCAGAUGCUCAAUGUCCAGAACAAAAACAGCAGCUACUUUGUCGAGUGGAUCCCCAACAACGUGAAGACGGCCGUCUGUGACAUCCCCCCACGUGGUCUCAAGAUGGCCGCCACCUUCAUCGGCAACAGCACCGCCAUCCAGGAGCUGUUCAAGCGCAUCUCCGAGCAGUUCACCGCCAUGUUCCGCCGAAAGGCCUUCCUCCACUGGUACACAGGCGAGGGCAUGGAUGAGAUGGAGUUCACCGAGGCCGAGAGCAACAUGAACGACCUGGUGUCCGAGUACCAGCAGUACCAGGAUGCCACCGCCGAGGAGGGCGAAUUCGAGGAGGAGGGCGAAGAGGAGGUCGCCUAAAUCUCCGCUCAACCAGAGUUCCACCCCACCCCCCAUCACUCCAUCCUAAUUCCAUCCCCCCAUAGUCCCCUCAGUGAACUUCAUUCACAAUCAUGUUUACUCCCAUUUAAUAAAUCUUGAUGUUUUGCAGAAUUUUGAACUUUCUAUUUAAUUCAUCAUUGUGUUUUUGUAUGUUGUGAAUGCACUGCUGCACCACAUUGCCCACUCAUUGCCUUGCAGAAGUGAAAAUCAAACUAUUUUAACUUUGAAGCCUUCAGAUUUGGAUAUGUAUCAACUGUCCAUGUGAACCUGAUUAAAGGCUAAUUCUAAAAACAA